CUCUUUACAAGCGCAAAAAAUUGAAGGUUUCGUAUGUCAAAACUACCAUCUUUAACGUAAAAAUAUAGUUAUAACAACUUAUUUAUAAUAUAUGUUGUUUGAUAAGAAUAUAUUAGGACGGUAUAUUAAUUUUAUUUUUAGGAUUUAGCUUAUAACUUAUCUUUUUUCUAAUACGAAAGUUGCCCUAGCAGUGUGCGAGGCUCCGCGCCGCAUACAGCAUGCGACCGUUUGGUUUCGCUGAUGGCGGCGUGCGCAUGUGCUUUCCGCCGCGAGCUUCGGCAUGUUGUGUCGGGUGAAAGAUGCUGACCGUGUGCGCGCCUUAUCGCGAACCCGUAAAUGACCAGCUCGACUAAAACUUCUUUCGAAGCAUGCAAGACGACGAGAUUGUAGUCUCGGAAGUCCACGUCGACUCCGACAACAUCGUCAAGAACGACAACGACCCGCUGCUCGAUCUGAUGCCCCAAGCUUUGAGGAGCCGGCUACAAGUGACUCAAUCACGGCUGCCCGUCGAGUGGGACGUGGACAUCAAAGUGGUUGACCCUGGUCGCUUGACGUUGGACGAAGACGGAGACCUUGAACUGUCUAGGGCUCGCAGGAACGUACAAGUACUCUUAGAUCACUGUCCCGCAACAACGUUGCCCACUGUCGGACUACAGGUGUGGAAGGCUGCAUUGGUGAUGUCGGACUUCCUGCUGCACCGCGGAAAGGAGCUCUUGCUAGGAAAAGGGGUCGUCGAACUGGGAAGCGGCGUCGGACUGUGCGGCAUUGUGGCCGCCACGUUCGCCGACUACGUCUUCUGCACCGAUGUCUGGGAUGAAGUUCUGCAUCUGUGUCAAAGAAACCUGGACCAGAACGAAGACUUCUACGACGCUCUCUACGUGAGGCAGUGCCCGACGAAGGUCAGGUGUUUGGAUUGGACAAAAGGACCGCCACAAAUGCAGACUCCAGAAGGUGCCUUUGCCUGGUCUGCGGAAGACUCGGACGACUUUGAGAAAGCGGGAAUCUUUCUGGCCGCUGACGUGGUGUACGAUGACCACCUGACUGACUGCCUCUUCGAACUGCUGCUCAAGACCGUCACCAGGGGUGACCAGACGGUCUACAUUGCUCUGGAAAAAAGGGUGAACUUUACCCUAGAGGACCUUGAUGCUGCAAGUCCAUCUCACAUCCACUUCAUGCAGUGGUUGGAAAAAUUGCGACAGCUUGGCUGGAAAGUUCACGCCGUCGACCUUUCGAGCGUGCCGCAAUAUUUUGGCAGCUACAGUAGAGACUCAUAUCUGGAGCUGUGGGAGCUAAGACCACGCUGACUGUCAAGACAAGAUCUUGCAAAUUGCACCCGGACCACGAGCACGUAUUGUCGUCAAUGCACUCCCAACUGAUGCAUUUUUCAGUUGCUAUUUGGAGCUUCCUCCAAACAACUUUCCGCUCACGGCAGUAUACUAUGUCAGUCGCUCGGAGCUUGUGUACUGUCGCCGAUGAAAAUAAACAAAGAUCAAGUCAGGCCUAACUAAAA